AUGGGUGACAUUUCAGUUUACAAUUCUACUGAAGGAGGUCCCAAGUUAAGGAAAUGGUAUGGGGCACCUGAUCCCUUCUCUAAAGAUGAAUCCACUUUUGAAGAUGAUGAUCAAUCAGGUAGUUCUAUAAAUAGCAAUUCAUGGGUGUUUAUCUCUAUAUUGCUUUUAAAUUUUGAAAGAUUGCUGAUUCAUGAAUUAUCCAUUCGAAACACAGAAGUGGAAGAAGCCAGGAAUGCAGUUUUAGUAACUGAUGGAGAUAGUGAGAUAGGCCAGAUGGUAAUAUUGUCCUUGAUUGUCAAAGGAACUCGUGUUAAAGCACUGGUAAAGGACAAGCAGACUGCACUUGAAGCCUUUGGAACUUAUGUUGAGUCAAUGGUUGGAGAUGCAAGUGACAAAAAAUUCUUAAAGAAAGCUCUAAGAGGGGUUCGCACAAUAAUAUGCCCAAAUGAAGGUUUCUUAUCCAAUGUUGAGGGCUUGAAAGGGGUGCAACAUGUAGUUCUCUUAUCUCAGUUGUAUGCUUAUAGAGGUUCUGGUGGCAUUCAAGCUCUAAUGAAAAGCAAUGCAAGAAAAUUAGCUGAGCAAGAUGAAUCAUUGCUGAUGGCCUCAGGAAUCCCUUACACUAUCAUCAGGGCUGGAUUGUUACAAAGCACUCCAGGUGGACAACAAGGUUUUAGCUUUGAGGAGGUAUUACUCUUCUCCUUUUACCAUGAAUAGGAUAAAAUUGAAUCUAUGGUGCUUGGUUUUCAGUUACUCAAAUCAAUUGUUUGGAAAAGAAAUAAUAUGUCAGAUUCAUGAGGAAAUUUUGCAUAAUUUUCAACAGGCAUUGCUGUGUUUUGUGCA